AUGCAACAGAACCACCAUCCGUACGGGCAACACCCCAUGCCCAUGCAGCCUCCUCAGAGGCGGCAUGAAGGCUCAUACCCGUCUCCCAUAAGACCUCAUCCAGGCUAUCAGCCCUUCUAUCCUCAGCAGCUGGGUCCUAUGAUGCCUCAAUAUCCCCAGCAUUACGCGCCAAAUUGGUACGGAUAUCAACAGCACCAUAUGCAUCCCAUGCAUGGUCAGCGGCCGCCAUAUUACCCUCAGCAACCUAUGCCGCCACCGCAGUAUGCUCCUCACCACGGACCGAUAAUUGUACCCUCGCAGCCUCAUGCACUUGCUUCGCCGCGUUUGCCCCAGGGUCCGUCGUCUAUUGUUCCUCCUCCCCAAGCUUCCAGUUCAGCUUCGACUACGUCUACCACUCUCGUCCAGACGCCCCCUUCCCCACCUCUGAGCACUUCAAGCACUGUGAAUACCAAAAAAGACGGCGUGUCGCCCUCAAUAUCCCCGGCUCCUCAACAAACAGUACAAAGUCCCUUGGUAGAGGUCCCCCAAGAACCAUUUGAACCGCCAAUUCCGUGGUUAUCAGUCCAAGAUCAAGCGUUUCCCCCCCGUGCUCCUCGUCAAAGACGUCGCAUUCUUCGAUCCAAGCUAGGAACCUCGCCGGUGGUUUAUCCUGCCCCAGAGCCCGUCGUAACAGCGCCCACCGCAGAUACUGUGCCAGCGCAAGAGGAGGAACCCGCUGAAAUACCGUCAACAGAGCACGCGGCGUCAGAUGCAUCAACAACCCUACCAUCAGGUGCACCCUCCGAUGCUCCCUCCGAUGCUCUCUCCGAUGCUGUCUCCACGCAGCCCAGUUCACUUUCGCCCGCGGUGGACGUGGCGUCUGCAAAAUCACAACAGACACCCACACAACCAAAAGCCCGAUUGGCAGGACCAGUUCUGCCUGCGGUACCAAUCCUCCCUCCCAGUCCAACUGCUACACGGAGACCACACAGAGAUUCGGCUGUAUCGACCCAGACAAAGCUCUCAGAACCAGCACCCUCAGCAGCAGAGAAGGAUGAAGUAGCGGCGGGAGUUGAGAGUUCAGAUGACAAGCAGGGCCUUACAGAGGAGGCCUCUCCUGUCACCUCUGCCCCCGCGCCUCCCAAAUCAUGGGCGAACCUCUUCCGAUCUAACAGCACACAGGCUGGAUCUUUCGCAUCGGCUGUCUCUCACCCUGCAUCAGUUGCCUCCGGAACCGGGAGAAGCGAGGCUUUGUCUGACGUCCUUAACGAUAUGAAUUCUGGUUUCGAACCUCCAACCAAGAUUUCUUUUCUGAAACCACGUGGGCUUGUUAAUACAGGCAACAUGUGCUACAUGAAUUCUGUUUUGCAAGUGCUCGUCUUUUCGCUGCCCUUCUACGACUUCUUGGCCAAGGUAGCUCAGAGAGCCCGCCAUGCCUUCAAAAGCGAUACACCCUUAAUUGAUGCCAUUGUCAUGUUUGUCCAAGAGUAUCCUAUAAUUUGUUCCGCCAAAAACGUCGAGCAGCUCCGUCUUCAGCUGAAACCGGAGGAUUAUGAAAAUUAUGGCGAUUCCUUUAUUCCAGAAUACGUCUACUCGGCAAUAAAAGAUCUGCCGCGCUUCCGAGAGAUGCGAAGAGGUCAUCAACAAGACGCCCAAGAGUUUCUUGGAUUUCUGUUGGAAGAGUUGCACGAAGAGUGUGCGCGAGCCAUGAAGACCGGCCCUGGCUCCAAUUCAGGAAGAACAACCCCAGCCGGAAGCGUUUCCAACUUUUCUGAACAACCUGAUGCAGAGGCCGGCUGGAUGGAAGUCGGCCACAAGCAGAAACCAUCCGUGACCCGAUCGUCUGGUGCAGUGUCAACAGAGUCGCCUAUCAACAAUAUCUUUGGCGGUAAACUGAGGUCAGAGCUCAAAAUCUCGGGAAACAAACUGUCGGUGACUUUGGAGCCUUAUUCACCUCUGCAACUCGACAUUGGCUCGCCGCAGGUGCACAAUAUCAUCGAUGCUUUGAAAGGCCUAACACGACCUGAAAGUAUGCAGGGUGACUUCUUCACCACACGAGGACAGAAAGCCACUGCAACUAAACAGGUCUUCAUCGAUACUCUACCUCCCUUGUUGAUUCUUCACCUCAAGAGAUUCCACUAUGAUAAUACUACAAAGCGCGCCGAGAAGAUUUGGAAGAAGGUCGGCUAUCCUCUCGAGCUCGAAAUUCCGAAGGAGGUUUUCCCCAUGCAAGCUCGAAACAAGUACAUCGCACAUGGAGGAUUACCCAAAUAUCAGUUGACCGGAGUCAUCUACCACCACGGAAAGAACGCUAAUGGCGGUCACUAUACGGUUGAUAUUCGUCGUCAAGAUGGCCGUGAAUGGAUUCGCAUGGACGAUACGUUACUGCGACGUAUCAGAGCGGAAGAUGUCGCAGAGGGUGGAAGUGAAGAGGAUCCCAAGGUCUUGGCCGCUGCACUAGAGCGACACAAAACCAGCGGUAACAGAUUCGAGCAGAUUGAUCAAGAAGAAGAUGAAGAGGAUGGCUCUGACAAAGUCUGGAGCCAAGUCAACGGGCACUCGAGGUCGAAAUCGACGAUGAGCAGUGUCGUGAAUGGCACAGCAACGCCAGUAAAGAAUUCUUCGGGAAAGCAGACCCCCAACCCGAAGCAAGGGAUCAAGGACAACAAGGUCGCUUAUCUCUUGUUCUACCAACGCAUUGGCAAUUAG